AUGUUGACAUACACUCAUCUGUUUGCCGCCUUGGUCGCUCUCCUAUCUUGUUUACUGUGUUGUCAGGCGGAAGAUGCGUACUGUAAGUUUUGAUAUGAAACUUAUUCUUUUUUGAUAAGUUUGCUAAGUUUAUAUUUAGGUUUUUAUUAAAAAUGACGUUUUUUUUAGUUUGUAUUUAAAUUUUUUAAUAAAAUUUCAGUUUUUGGAAAUUUUGGCAAAAAUAAAGGAGUGCCAUUACUUUUUGACUCAUAACUUGUUUUUAUAAAAAAAUGUUAACAUAAAACGACCUUUACUAAAUGUGCUAUUCAAUUUGGCACUUUUUGAUGUAAAAUACGGAAAUAAAAAAGGCUAAAAAAAUAAGAUAUAAGCUGAUAUUGUAGUAGACAUCAAAUAAGUAUCUGUUCCACAACUUUGAGAGCCUAAAUGUGUUCAAAACCAACUCUUAUUGACACUUCUUUUUAUUUUUAAGAAAAGCAUGUUCCAUUUAAAUUAAACUGGCAUUUAUUUCAUUUUUGAGAACAUUAAAGAAAUUGAGAUAUGGCUCGAUAUUGUAGUAGACAUCAUAUGGCUCAUCCACAACUUUAAGAGCCCGAAUAUCUUCAAAAGCAAACUUUUUUGACUCUGAUGUUAAUAGUUUCUAAAAUUACGUUUAAUGUGCAUCAAAAUCACAUAUAUUUUAUCCACAACAAAAGUUAAGAAAUUGAGAUACAACUUGAUAUUGUAGUAGACAUCAAAUUUUCUCUUUUACAACUUUGAAAGCCCAAUCAGUGUUCAAAUAAUUUUAAAUUACUUUUCUGUAACGUAUUGUAUAUGACAUUGAUAAUAAUAAAAACCAUGUUUCAGACACAGUCGACGACAAGCGAAACUUUGACAGAGAAUUCAUGCACUUCGGCAAACGAGCAGCCAACGAAGACUUUGGCCGCGCGUUUAUGCCCUUCGGCAAACGUGCUGAUGCUUAUGAAGAUCCGGUAUGAUUUUUGAUACAUUUUUUAUGUUAUUAUGACCUUUUUUUUAAAAUAUUUUGAAAAAAAAAAUUUUUUAAAAAAUUAAAUUUUUUUUUAAAUUUUGAAAAAAUGCCAUUUCUAAUUGAAACUUUUGAUAAAAAUGUAAAUCUUCAGUCUUUUAACCGUGCCUUCAUGCCCUUUGGCAAACGUUCAAUGACCCUGGAACAGUUGAUUGCCAAAAAGAACAUUAACCGCGACUUCAUGCACUUUGGCAAGCGGCUAGCGCCGUCCGCCUUCGACCGGCAGUUCAUGCAUUUUGGAAAGCGGUAAGGAUUUAAAAUUGAUUUAUAAUUUUGAAAAACAGUUUGCGGAUCGUAUUUUAUAAAAAAAACAAAAUUUUGAUAUUUUUUAUUAACAAGUGAACGAAAUGUCAGCUUUGGUUUGAAUAACUGUCAAAAUUUUCAAUGGACUGUGAACAAAAAAUAUAUAAUUAUAUACAAAAUGCAAAUUAUAAAAAAAUCAAUAAAACUGUAGACAUUUCGUUCAAAUUUUUUUAAAAAUUUUUUAUGUUUUAACGAAAAAUAUCAAAAACUUCAUUAUUGCCACUAUUUUUGUUAUAUUUUAAGCAUUUUUUAAAAAUCAAUGAAUUUGUUGACACUUCGUCAAAAAAACAUUUUUUUGGAUUUUUAAUGUUUUAACAACAAAUAACUAAAUAUUUUAUUAGUAUCACUAUUAUUGUUUAUUUUUAAACGUUUUUAAAAAAUCAAUGAAAAAGCUGACAUUUCGUCCAAAAAUUUUUUUUAUUAAAUUCGGUUUUUUAUCAAAAGGUAUUAAAAAUUAUCUUGUUAUUACUAGUUUUGUUAAUUUUAAGCGUUUUUAAAAAAUCAAUAAAAUUUUUGACAUUCCGUCCAAAAAUUUUUUUUUGAAAAUGUGAUUUUUUAUUAAAAUGUAUUAAAAACUAUAUUGUUAUUACUAGUUUUGUUCAUAUUUAAAGCUUUUUAAAAAAUCAAUAAAAUUUGUGACAUUUCGUCCAAAAAAAAAUUCUUGAUUUCUUUGCCAUUUUUAAACUAAUAUUAAAAUUUUUUCAACUUUCAGAAGAUAA